AUGUUGCGGACCGAGAAGGUGCUGCUGCUGCGGAGCCUGCAAGGCCGCUCCAUGCGGGUGGUGCGCGAGCACUACCUGCGUCCGGACGUGCCUUGCGGCAGCGCCCUCUGCCGGUUGGGCUGUCCCCGCGAUGGGAAGUUGCUCUCCGACGAUGUCACUCACUAUGUUGUGCCUGACUGGAAGGUGCUUCAAGAUUACCUGGAGAUUCUGGAAUUCCCCGAGCUGAAGGGCCUGGUUUUCAUGCAGACCGCAUGUCAAGCGAUGCAGCAGCAAAAAGGCCGCAGGCAGCACAAUAAACUGCGGAAUUUAGUGAGGGAUGCCCGUCACGACUGCAUUGUGUUUUUUAAUGAAUUCCAGCUGCUUUCUUAUUUGCCACGAGAGCGGGGAGAAUCACUGGAGAAAUGGCAGACCAGGAGCAUUUACAAUGCCUCUGUGUGGUACUAUAAUCACUUCUCGGGCCAGAUGCCCAUCGUCAUGGUUACAGAGGACGAAGAGGCGGUACAGCUGUUUGGAAGUGAAACGGAAGGUGUCUUUGUGAUCUCAUUCAAGAAUUACUUGGACAACUUCUGGCCCGAUUUAAAAGCCGCACACGAGCUUUUGGAUUCCAUACUCCAGUCGCGACGUGAACGGGAAAGCGAAAGCCAUGAAAACAGUGGGAAGGAAUACCCUGAGCAUCUCCCUACAGAGAUCCUGGAAGCUGGAAUCAAAUCAGGACUCUACAUCCAGGGGGUCUUGAGUGUGAAUAAGCACAGAGCCCAAGUAGAGGCCUUCAUGCGAUUUCAAGGCACUAGCAACAAAGAAAAAGAUCUCAAGACAGAUGUUCUUAUUUACGGCACAAAAGCCCGAAAUAGGGCAAUCCAUGGUGACGUGGUGGCGGUGGAAUUAUUGCCCCAGAAGGAAUGGAAAGAACGGACGGCUGCCCUCGGAGAGACUGAGGGGGAAGAGAAGACUGCCGGGGAGGUUUAUGGCGAACCCAUGCCCACUGGCAAAGUGGUCGGCAUCCUGCAGAAGAACUGGCGUGAGUACGUGGUCACUUUCCCAUCCAGGGAAGAGAAUCAGCCGCCGCACACCAAAAACGCCCAGAAGGUUCUUGUGACUCCCUGGGAUUACCGGAUCCCUAAAAUCCGAAUCAGCACCCAGCAGGCCGAGGCAUUGCAGGACUUCCGGGUGGUCGUGCGUAUAGACUCUUGGGAACCAACCUCGCUGUACCCCAACGGGCAUUUUGUGCGGGUCGUGGGCCGGAUAGGCGACCUCGAAGGAGAAAUACAAACAAUUCUCGUGGAGAAUACUGUUUCGGUUAGUCCUUUCUCCGAGGCACAGAUGUGUGAGAUGCCCGCGCUCGUCCCAGAGAAGCCGUGGCAAGUAAGUCCAGAGGAGGAGCAGAAGCGCCUUGACCUGAGAGAGACCCAUUUGGUCUUCAGCAUUGACCCCAAAGGCUGCGAAGAUGUAGAUGAUGCCCUCUCCAUCAGGCUCCUCCCCAAUGGCAACCUGGAACUGGCCGUCCACAUUGCUGACGUGACGCAUUUUGUGGCAGCCAAUUCUUACACCGAUACGGAGGCCAAAGCACGGGCUACUACUUACUACUUAGCUGAUCGCCGUUACGAUAUGUUGCCCGCCAUCUUGAGUGCCAAUUUAUGUUCUCUCCUUGGGAACGUGGACAGGUAUGCCCUGAGCGUUAUCUGGGAGCUGGACAAGGCCUCUUAUGAAAUAAAGAAAGUCCAGUACAAGAGGACCAUCAUUCGCUCUUCUUACAAACUCUUCUACGAGGCCGCCCAGGCUUUGCUAGAGGAAGACCUGACUGCUGCAGAGGAAAUCCUGGAGCUCAAAGGCCUGGAGGAAAAUACCCGGAGACGGAAGUUAGACGAGCUGAUGUGGGCCAUCAGGAAGUUAACUGACGUUGCCCGCCACCUCCGAGCCAGGCGGAGCAGCUACGGAGCCCUGGAGCUGGAAGGGGUGGAAAUCAGAGUUCAGCUGGACGACAAGAAGAACAUCGACGACCUGAUCCCCCGCCAGCCGCUGGAAGUCCACGAGACGAUAGCCGAGUGCAUGAUCCUGGCAAACCACUGGGUGGCCAAGAAGAUUUGGGAGGUGUUCCCCCAUCAGGCGUUGCUUCGUCAGCACCCGCCACCCCGGCAGGAAUUUUUUUCCGAGGUCCGAGAAUGCGCCGGGGCAAAAGGCUUUUCAAUUGACACGCGGUCUAACAAGGCAUUAGCUGACUCUCUGGACAGAGCGGUGGACUCUUCUGACCCCCUGGUAAACCAGCUGUUGAGGUCUAUGGUCACUCAAGCCAUGUCAAACGCGCUCUAUUUUUCAACUGGAUCGUGUCCCGAGGAAGACUUCUUCCAUUACGGUCUUGCUCUAGAUAAAUACACCCACUUCACAUCACCCAUUAGGAGGUACGCAGAUAUAAUUGUCCACAGACUCUUGUUAGCAGCCACCUCAGGAGAAGAAGACAGAGUUAGUACAAAAGACGGCUUGCUCAGCAAUAAAGAACUUGAAGAACUAUGCAGACAUAUCAACAACAGGAACCGGGCGGCCCAGCACGUUCAGAAACAGUCCACGGGCCUCUUCCAGUGCAUGUUCUUCAGCGACAAGAGUCCUGCAAGGGAGGAGCAGCGCUCAGCGGACGGCAUCAUCUACUCAAUCCGAACCAAUGGGGUGCUCGUCUUUGUGCCCAGGUACGGUAUUAAAGGGGCGGCUUACCUGAGGAGCAAGGAUGGGCUGGUCAUCUCCUGCCCAACCGACGGGAACUGUGAAUGGCGACCUGGUUCUCUGCAGCGUUUCCCCAGCAAAAUUACCGCCACUCCCACCGUUGGGAAGACGGUGACUUUGAAUCUCUUCGAUCAUGUGACCGUGAAAAUCUCUGUACAGGAAUCUCGCUGCCACGCGGACAGGAUCCAGCUUCAGAUCACCAGCUGCAAGCCGUACCAGACUUCGGAAACGGAGCAAUCUCAGAGGCCCCAGAUGUCUAGAACAGACUUGGUCAGGGAAGUCACCAAGACGGCAGAGGAAACGCAACUGGCACAGAACCUGGCCAAAGCAAACCAGGUAAAGGAAGGAUUUGAUGAAGAGUAUCGGCAGACCCAGUGCAAGAGGAGUUUGUAUCACCUGCUAGAAGAAAUCAAGGAUUUGUCUCUCUUGGAUUUGUCUCAUGUAUCUGCAGACCGUGGCGCGUGACACCUCAUUUCACACGGCUUCUGUGCCCAAAAUCUCUUUUCUCAGCUUAUCUUUCUUUUAAAGUUGUAAAUUUAUUAUUACAGUGUUGUUUAUCUAAAAAAAAAAAAUGGAGAUUCUAUUUUUAAGAUUGCAUUAUUGCUCAUGGGAGAUAUGCUUUUGUCUUUUACAAAUGAAAUACCGAGAAGUGUAAAUAACUCUUGAGCACCUCAGGGAGUUAAGUGAUGAUGUAGCAGCUUAAUUCUUUAAAAUACUCCUGCUUGGUAAUUUUGACUGUGUAGAGAUCUACAUUAAGUGAGCUGCUUUAAAUUAUUUUAAUGGGUAGUGUAGUGUUUCUCAACUUCAGCAACUUUUAAGAUCAUGAUUGCCAACUCCCAGUAUUCCCUAGCCGGCAUGCUGGCUUAGGAAUUUUGGGAAUCAAGUCUAUACAACUUAAAAGUUGCUGCUUGUGUUAAGAAACACUGAGAUACAGUACCGUUAUUUAAUCAUUUUUAGUUGUUUGACAUGCAGAUACUUGGAUAUACAGUAUAUAAAUGUCAGGAAAUAGUCAGAUGUAGCUGUAAGAACAAAUUUAGUUCAGUCUUCUUUUUUUUUAAAAAAAAAACUUUGUUUGUAAACAGAGAAUUGCUCAGUGUUUGAAGAGUUUUUGAAGACUACAGGAAGCAAAGCCAAGCAAUUUUUGAUGCUCAGAUAUGCUAUUUUCUUAUGUUGAAACUUGGGUUUGCAAGGUCUCUUUGUAGGAAUCCUAAUUUCUCUAUUAAAAGCACAAAAACACCUGGAUUUGCACAAUACAAAUCACGAAUGGUUAACCCAACGUUCUAGAUCUGCAGUGGACCAUGUGCUAACCUCAUAGGUUGUAUUCUCUAGUCUAAACACACUAAAAUGCUGGUGACUGAUCUGAACCUCAGUGUCUCAGCUGCUGUUCAGAAUACCAUGUGCUCCUUAGUUGAGGGUAGAACCCUUAUCAUUCACACGCCUGACCUUCCCCUGUAGCCCAAACAUUAAGUGAGUUCACACUAGCUUGGCAUAAUACGUGAAGCGAGCUUUUAUGUCUCACAAAACGUCCAGGAAUUGCCAAGAUUUAAUCCAUAUGAAUUUGUGGAAGCAAUAAAAAUGUCUUCUCCUUCCCCAACAACGAUCAAAGCUGGCAAGCGUCACUUUCAGUGGAAGGACCAAAGAUUUCAUGACCUUGUUUGAACUCUGCAUUUAACAGCCAAGGGAAAAAAAGGCGGGGGAGAGAGGGAUGGAAAGUUUAACCGACAGUGUCUGUCAAACUUGACUGGUUCCAGAAGUGAGUGUCCACAUGGUACAGUGCUUUGAAGUGGUUUGGAAAAAUAAAAAGAUAUAUUCCUCGUUCUGUUUUUGUAUGAUGGGUAGUAAACCUGUCUAGGCUAGGAACACAAAUGCAGGUGGGGUUAUUUCUUACCUGACUGGAGACCUCCAGGAAAUCUGUGGUUUGAAACUUACACCAGGAAGCAAAACACUCUGAAAUCCUAGUGAGGUAUAGAAGCACAUUUUGAGUUUCUCUCCGAGAAAGAAGCAGAGACGUGUUCUAUCAGGACUCGAGUCUGACCCAAAGGUGUACUUUCUUUCCCCCACAUCAGAUAUGUGGGAUAUUUUAAAUCCAGUCUCUAGAUAUAAGUUGGAACCAGACAGACAUUAAGGUAUCGGGCCAGAAACCGGGAGACUGCUGAGUUUUAGUCCUCUUAGCGGAGUAACCUUGAGCCAGUCCCUUUUUCUCAGACCUAAGAAGGAGGCAAUGGUGCAUCAUUUCUGGAAAUCCUCAUCAAGGAAACUGUAGGGACUUUUCCAAGCAGUUUCUGAGAAUUGGACACGACUGAACAAGAGAGGAAAAAAGGCCUAAGUAUUAGUUGUAACCUGCAUGAAAUGGAAUGCUGCCAUCCAUUUUGGUCACCAUACUACAAAAAAAAAGAUGUUGAGACUUUGGAAAAAGUUCAGAGAAGAGCAACUAAGGUGAUCAAAGGCCAGGAGACAAAUAC